UUGCAAGUUAACUAUGAGUCGAUGGUGGACUGGCGACAACAUACCGAUUACCUUCGGUGCAAUCCGCAGUUCUUCAAUGCACUGCGUUUUGAUUGUGCGUUCAUCCAGACCAAAAAAGAGGUCAUUGUCGGACGCCUACUCUUGCUUUUCGAGUGCCCAGUUGGAAACAAUAUAUUCCCGCCUGCCCUCAUCCACCCAUAUGAUGCUCCAACAGGUGCACGACUUCAAAAAGACAAACAUCUCAACCUUUUUAGGGUUCGAGCAAAACCACGGGCACAAGCAGAAUUUUUCUUGAUUAGGUCGAUCAUUCGCGGGGCACUUCUAGUGCACGACGAAAACCUCGAUUACUUCAUUGUCGACACGGUCAAUAUGGACAUGUUCCUUCGUGUGAAGGAAAUG